ACUUACUUUUGCUUUUCCCAUAGAUUGGUGCAAUAACAAGAGCCUCCAAAGUAGACUUCGACGAACUAACCCUCAACAUCCAACGACUGGAAGCGGAUUGUAAGGCGUCCUGGGAUCACCUCAAACUCAUCGCCAAACAUGACGGUUCUACGAUGAUGAAAGUGAAAAUGUCCGACUUUCUAGCCGACUGUGCCGAACGGAUUAUCUUGCUGGGCAUUGUGCACAGAAGGAUUAUGAACAGGUUCCACAAGUUCCUCCUUUGGCUUGGUAUCCCCUUCCAUCAAAUUGCCGAUACCAAACCCAACGAUUUCUGCAGAAUUAUUUCCGAGUUUUCAUUGGAGUACCGUACAACGAGGGAAAGGGUACUUCAACAGUUGGAGAAGAAGGCCAAUCAUAGGGAGAGAAAUAAGACCAGGGGCAAGAUGAUUACCGAUAUGGGAAAGUUCAGAUCCAAAGAAGAUAGAGCUGAUGCAGAAUUAAGACAGCUAUUGGGUAGCGAUAUAUCAGAUGUAGAAAGCAUGCAAGGAACCUUGCCUUGGAGACGCAAACCAAGGGACAACACCCAACUUCGCAGUAUCCUGGACAGUUCAACAGGUCCAAACGGAAACCUAACAGACGGAGACGAUGAAAUCCUGGAAAGUCUGGUGAAAACAGCCACCAAAGGACCCAGAACGGCCCCCAGAGAAAGAAAACGGACCAGGCAUGCGGAUAGGAAAUCAUUAAGAAGAACUUUGAAGAGCGGGCUUUCGGAAGAGGAAAAGAAACACCUAUCUACAUAUAUUAAAGGAUAUUAACAAAAAAAAAUCCGUGAUUGUAAGAUAUCGAAAUUUAUAAUUAUCGUUUAGUGUUUUACUCGUUGUAAGGCUCGACACCUGUGAGAUUUCUACAAAGAAAGAACAAAGGAAUAGGUAAAGUGUGCAUUUACGAAAUGAAGCCUUAGAAAAAGAUACAUACCUCUUUCUUUGUCGCUUUUUGUACACUGAAUAUUUAAUGUGAUAAUAGAUAGAGAUGGCUGGAACUCAUCUUUCCACGACUAUUUGUUGAUUAUUUUAUCGAUUUAGCGUUAUUUUAGUCCUAGAUUAUAUAAACUCGUCUGGAUAAAUUCUACAUAAGAUUUAUAAACUUGGUUGCAAUAUGUAUAACGUCGAAUAGGUAAUGCAAAUAUAUUUAUUAAUAUACCUAAUAAAUUCAAAUAAUAAUUCAUAAUAAUCAUAAUAGAAAAUUUAAAUUUAAAUGUAAAAAGCACAAGACUUUUUAUUAACUUAUAUAUGGUAUCACAUGGCAUACAUAUUUCACUUGACAUUAUUGUUGUAUGAUGCCGUAUUUCUAUGACAGCUUAGAUUUUUUAAUAAAAUUAUAGUUUUUGUUUUUAUAAAAAAAUUUGAAUUUUGUAGAAAUGAAAUUCAAUUCGUCACAAAGAAAUUCAAUACGUCACAUAUUUGACGAUUGAGAGUGGGUAAAAUGAUACUCAUACUGUGAUAUGUUGAUAACAUAAUCCAUUGGUUUUAAAUGUAUCCAUGUCGUUUUAUAUGAGCUAGGAUUUUAGGUCAUGUUUUUUUUGUCUAAUUAGUUUGUAAGGUUUUUAUUUAUUUAAUUUUUUUGGUUUGUAUUCCUAUUAGGGGAUGAGGAACAGCUUCCUUCCUGUGCCUUUUUUUAUGUGUAAAAAACGUCGAUUAUACUAGUCUGAUUUUUUGUAUAUUUUUUUCACUGUCUUCUCAGUUUAUUUCACGUUUUUAAUUAUAUUUAACGCAAUGAUGAUACUCUCCUGAUGUUUAGUAUUUUUUACGUUUUAACUAAAGAAUUUUUAAAUGUAUAAAUGAAAUUCGGCUGCCAAAUUGCGCUGCUAUUGUCAAAGAAAACUAUUAAUUCGUAGAGUUUUUCGUUUAUAUAUUUUUUGCUGUGGUUUUCUGUUAACUAUAACGAAGAUUGUUCGAGAUAAUGUGUAAAAUAAUAAAGAAACUUUGUUAAAA